AUGUAUUCUCGAACAACCGCAACCAGGGCAUUCACUUGUCGCCGACUGUUCCCGACAGUUAAAAGCACGAUUGUCAAACGAUCCGUUCCUGCUAUAACCCAAUCAUCGGGUUCCCUUUUCACAACACUCCAUUCUGCAUCCCAUCUACCAGUUCUUCGCUAUACAGGCCGCUCUCAACUGCGCCAUUAUGCGGCGUCGACAGGAGUAGAAGAGGACCCCGAACGGAAAGGGUUAUAUUACCACCCAGUAGGCGACAAUAUAUUUGCUCUGUCGUUCUUGAAAGAGAAACCGGUAAAUAAGAGCUCGGCUACUGUAAUUGGACUUGUAAAGGGAGGCGAGGAAUCUAACUCCUUCCAAGAGAACCAGGCGUUUGUGGAUCUUCUGCAUGAAACCGUCAAAGCAUCCCUAAUUGAGGGGGCGGAUCGAGAUCUAGGUAAUGACGCAGUACAAAGGAAAGAGGGGUGGCUACAUGUGCAUGACUAUCGAAACUUUCCUGAGUUGGGACGCGUAGGAGACCCAGACGAUAUCCUUGGUAGUGUAUUAGUCCAAGAUGGCAAGAUCAAAGGAGAAACGUACGAGAGGAUGCCAGCUUAUCGCACAUGUACGACUGAUGGUCCAGUAAAGCUUUCUCCCAGCUUGCACGAGCGACUCCUGAAAUCGUUGAAGGAGGCUUACCAAAAAGAAUCAAAAGCAUAA